AUGAUGUUGGGCAGGCAUAACUCCAAGCUCGUGCACCAGUUACCACAGUCAAACGAUACUCUCAAACGGAUCAAAGAAGCUCCUAGUGUCAAUGCCAUCGUCACGUUGCCAAGGAGCUCCAGCACAACAACAACACCCAAUCGUCCGCCACCUCUGCCAGAUAAGGAUAUCACCUUGCCUAGAACGACCAGUAGAGGUGUAUCAGCUGCUUCGUACGGGAAGCCAUUGGUCAAAUCUAGCAGUAAAUCUGGAUCUGCUGCACCAACGUCGAUAACCGAUCUGUCGAUACAGGACUGUAUGGAUAUGAUGAGGAAACUUACCGAACUCCAGCUCACUAAAAUAUUAGGAGAAAUCACUGCCAAGUACCCUGAAGCUCGAGGUAUCCUACGCACGCGGUAUCGCGAGUCGCUACAAAACCCACAAUCAAUAAGCCAGUUCAGAGCAGCUGUUGUUGAACUAGUGCAUGACUUUGAUACUGCUAGCAGCAAAGACCAAACCCCCGAAAGGGCACACGAUACAGUCGAGAAAUGGAUUGACUUGCUACUAGCGGCAUGUGAACACGCAGCAUUACCACAAUUCAAGAUCCUCGUCACAGUAACGUCCCAGUUAUCACGUACUCUCACUCCAUCAUCACCACUGUAUAAGAUCAAGGGACAGGUUAUCGCAGAGAAGCUAUUUGUAUGUCUUGAACGGUCGUGGAAGUACGUGAAAAGGAAGGAGGCUGUUGUGGAGUAUGUGUUUGCGCUCAAGAUGGCUGUAAAUACUUUGGGAGAGCAUUGUAUAGUCGUGCCAGAGUGGUUGAGGAAGCUCGAGUAUCUGGAUAUUGUGGAGGAUGAGGCGGAGUCGUUGCGGGAGGAUGAGUAUGAGGUUUUGCCGAGGAUUAGGCAUAGAAAUGAUGCGGACGAUGAGCGUGAGGAGCUCAGUGACGUGGAGCAAGAAGAUGACUGGAGACCAAUACACAACAUGCCAGCAUCUAAAAAGCCAAAAUCCCCUCCCAAUCCCACAGCAUAUGCUACAUCUCGUCCCAAACGUAGCUCCAAACCAACAGAAACAGCGGAAAUCGAGACGCCAACCCAAACAUCAACCACAGAAUCACCAACCAAAGGGACAAUCCACACAGACGGCAAGCAACGAUGUAGCUGGCUAGCUAAAUCAGUCGCAAAUCCAGAUACACCGUACUCGAAACUGGAGCUCGAGUAUCAUGAUAAUGAGUGGUGUCCCGCUGUCCCGUCGAGGGAAGAUGACUACCUUUUCGAGUUUUUGGUACUUGAAGGCGCCCAAGCUGGUCUCUCAUGGUCAACAAUCCUACAAAAACGGCAGCACUACAAGAAGGCAUUCAAAAACUUUGAUGUCGCUCUGGUCGCGAAACUGGAUACCGCAUAUACGAAUAGUCUACUAUCGCCAGACCACGGACUCGUCAAACAUAAAGGCAAAAUAGAGGGAGCAGUCGCGAAUGCUAUCUUGUUUCAAAACGUACAGGCCGAGUUUGGGAGUUUUGCUGCAUACUUGGACUCGUUUUUUGAAGCAGAUGACGACGGGGCUGUUAGGUUUGAGAGGCCGAGUUGUUUGGGUAAGGGUGAUAAAAUACAGGCCAAGUCAGAAUUGUCGGAGGCUAUAUCUGCGGAUUUGAAGAAGAGGGGAUUUAAAUUCGUUGGACCAACAAUAGUGUAUGCAUAUUUACAGGCUGUUGGGAUUGCUAAAGAUCACGAAUAUGAUUGUUGGAAACAUCCGAGACAUUCAACUCCAACAUGA